AUGAAACGCGCCCUUCAUGCUGCCUCCCGGGGCAACAGGCUAAAUGUCAUCCUUGCAUCUUCCUGCAUUGCAUGCUUAUUCUGGCUAUCCCUAUACUGUCAUCCCACACGGUCUUUUGAGAACCCUCAAUUGGCGCGCCGCUCAUCCCGAGCACAGCCUCCCUGGGAUGAGCCCUUCGCUCUCGAGGAAUUCCUAAUCACCGUCCCAGACCCCGCCAAAGCCCGAGAAUGGAGUAUCUACUACACCUCCCGGCCGCAUUACCUGAGUCUUGGUCUUCCCCAAGGUCUCUGGACCCAGGUCAAAUGGCAGGAAUUCGGCGCCAACGCGUCUAUCAAAGACUACCCUGUCGACAACCCGGGUAACCCCUUCACUGUGCCCAAGUACAGUCGUCUUGCUCUGCUCAAUCAGGAUGCUGGAGGGCGAGUGGUUUACGAGGCAGGUCUCGUCGAGAACACCACGGAUGUGAAUCCUGUGAGCGGAGAAGCCGUGGUCGUGCCUCCAUUUUUCAGCUUUUCGCCGAGCUGCAACCUCAAUGCGUCUGUAGUAUACGCGAACUUUGGAACCGAGGAAGACUUUGGAGAUCUGGACCGCGCAAACGUCAACGUUACUGGAAAAUUGGUUCUUAUCAAGGCCGGCAAGGCACAAGGUCCCCUUCUUGGCGAUACUUUUCUCGAAACGGGCCUUGCGGGGUAUAUCACCUACCCAGAUCCCCAGCUGGAUGGCGAAUUUACUGGUGACAACGGUUAUCUGCCGUAUCCGGAUGGCCCGGCUCGAGCGUCAUCAAGUGUCUUUCGGCAGGGUGGACCUCAUUCCUAUCCGAACAAAUCACACGCCGGUCCAAUGCCAGUACUGCCCAUCUCAUACGAAGAUGCAAUCCCAAUCUUGCAAGCUCUCAACGACCACGGGCCGCGAGCUGACGAACUAGGAGACUCGUGGAAGGGCGGCCGACUGGGCUAUAGUGGUGUCGAAUAUAACGUAGGUCCCACACCGUCCAAUAUUGUCCUGAACAUGCAUAUCGAAAUGGAAGAGAUCCAGGCCGUCGCCUACAACGUGGUCGGCACAAUCGAGGGUGAGAUUGAAGAUGAAGUAGUAAUCAUCGGCAACCACCGCGAUGCAUGGGGUGCUGGCGCUGCAGACCCAAAUAGCGGUUCCGCAAUCCUGAACGAGCUUGUCCGCAGCUUCGGCCUAGCUGUCCAGCUUGGCUGGCGGCCCCUCCGGACCAUUAUCUUCAUUAGUUGGGACGGCCACGAGAUGGGAUUCUGGGGCUCCAUGCCGUGGGUUCAGGAGAAUAUCCCGUGGCUAUCCAACAAAACAGUAGCCUACGUGGAAGCACCAAAUGCCGUCUCGGGCAGCCAAUAUUUCACCAAAGCCAGUCCUCUCCUGGGUUCACUGUUCCGUGAAGUCACGUCCCAGAUCCCAUCUCCCAAUCAGACUAUUCCAGGCCAAUCGGUACUAGACCUCUGGGGUGGCUCGUUGGGGCCACAGGGUGGUGGUGAUGCUACGAUUUUUGUGCGCCAGUGUAUCACCACGGGGGACUUUGGCUUCGAGCAGGGAGACCACGAUCCUGUGUUCCAUUGGCAUAGCAGCUUCGACACGGUGGCCUGGAUGGACAGAUUUGGAGACCCCGGGUUUCAGUAUCACAUGGCGGCUGCGCGGGUUUGGGCUUUGCUCGCGGCCAGGCUGGUAGAAAGUCCCGUGCACCCAUUUAAUGUGACCGAGUAUGCAGCUACUCUGCGCCAUUACGUCAGCCUUAUUGAGGAGGAAGCAGACGAAACUUUGGGGUCUAUGCUCAGUUUUGAAACAUUAAACGAUGAUCUGUCACGUCUCCAUUCUGUUGCUGUGAAGUUUGAUAUGCUCGCCGCAGAGCUUCGAGAAUCGGGCAGGACGGCAUUCGACCACGAAGUGAAAACCGUGAAUGCCAAGUACCGCAUGUUUGAGCGUCAAUUCUACAAUGAAGAGGGCAACGGGACGGGGCAGAGUAAAAAGAAUAUCGUCUUCCAGGAUAGCUCGUACAAGGUCGAUAAGCCUGGGUUCCCAGGGCUGGCAAACAGCGUCGAGUCGGGGGAUUUGGAUGAGGCUGAGGUGAGUGAGUCUGCUAAUCAAAAAAGUUCAGUGCUAACAAGGAUUAGAAAUGGUUAA